UCCAUGGCAAUCUGGAAAUGAAACCUUCUCCUUUCCUGAACAUGCGGCUUGCAAACACCUGGUUGUUUCUCACUGCAAUCUUACUCUGUGGCAAACAGCACCUGGGCACCAGGCUGGGGAAUUCCUCCUCUCACGACAGUCAUUUGUGCCCCGACUGCUCUCAUCUGACCCUGAAGGUGGAAUUCUCCUCAACCGUCGUAAAACACGAAUACAUCGUGGCGUUCAAUGGCUACUUCUCAGCCCAAGCAAGAAGCAAAUUCAUUUCGAGAGCACUCAAGAACAGCGACAUAGAAAGCUGGAGGAUUGUGCCCCGCAACAACCCAGCCAGCGAUUACCCCAGUGACUUUGAAGUGAUCCAGAUUGACGAGAAUCAGACGGUUGGAGUGCAGACGCUCGAAGACCAUCCCAACAUCAAACGGGUUACGCCACAGAGGAAAGUCUUUCGCUCGCUAAAGUACACCGAGACAGAUUCCGCCGCUCCCUGUAAUGAGACCCGAUGGAUGCAGAAGUGGCAGUCAUCCCGCCCCCUCCGAAGGGCGAGCCUGUCUUUGGGCUCCGGCUUUUGGCACGCGACGGGCAGACACUCCAGCAGGCGCUUGCUGAGAGCCAUCCCUCGGCAGGUGGCACAGACCCUUCAGGCAGACGUGCUCUGGCAAAUGGGCUUUACAGGAGGUGGUGUAAGAGUGGCUGUCUUUGAUACUGGACUCAGCGAGAAACAUCCACACUUCAAAAAUGUAAAAGAGAGGACAAACUGGACAAAUGAGAGAACUCUGGACGAUGGCCUGGGCCAUGGAACCUUUGUCGCAGGCGUGAUAGCUAGCAUGAGGGAGUGCCAAGGAUUUGCUCCAGACUCCGAACUGCAUAUAUUCAGGGUCUUCACUAACAAUCAGGUUUCAUAUACAUCUUGGUUUUUGGAUGCUUUCAACUAUGCUAUCUUAAAGAAGAUCGAAGUGUUGAAUCUUAGCAUUGGAGGCCCAGAUUUUAUGGACCGUCCGUUUGUAGACAAGGUGUGGGAAUUGACAGCCAAUAACGUUAUCAUGAUCUCUGCUAUUGGAAAUGAUGGUCCUUUGUAUGG